UCAAGCUUCAAGGACAGCCCGGCGCCGGAGCCUCCUCAGUAUCUGGGAAAAUAGUGCAUCAGUGAACUUUCUCGUGUAAAAUCGUUGUUCGUGAGAGAGGGAGUGGCCCAUACUUUAACUUAUUAAUUUUACUUGCCAUUCUACAACUGCACAAAAGAGGCUGAAUAAAGGAUAAAAAAGGCUUAAAAUAAGGCGUGGCGGCGUGUGGCAGCUGUGGCGAGGACGUGUAGCGGCGAGAACAGCUGUUUCCCCCGGCCUCUCACCUCUUCCUAUCCUCACCAUGCGGAAUUCACCUCAUUUACAAUUAGUUCUCUCACUUUUAACGCUUGUGUUGCAGUUCACACAGUCCCAUGGGGGAGCCUUGCAACUGGACAAGGGCAACUUUGACAGCAUCAUUGGUAACAAUGAGCUUGUGUUCAUCAACUUCUAUGCCGACUGGUGUAGAUUCAGCAACAUCUUGGCGCCGACCUGGGAUGAGACGGCCGACAAGGUUAAAGAGCAAUUCCCAGACGAAGGCCGGGUGGUAGUUGGGAAGGUGGACUGUGAUGCUGAGUCAAGCAUUGCGUCCCGCUUCCAUAUCACCAAGUACCCGACCCUCAAGCUGCUGAGGAAUGGCCAGGCCACCAAGAGGGAGUAUAGGGGACAGAGAUCAGCUGAUGCCUUUGCAAAUUACAUUAAGGAACAGCUUCGGGACCCCAUCAAGAUUCUGGAGAGCCUGGAUGAAAUCAAGGAUCUGGAGGAGACUAAGAGGACUGUGAUCGGCUAUUUUGAGAAGCAGGACUCGCCAGAAUACGAGUUGUUCCGCAAGAUUGCUAUCAACCUUAAGGAUGACUGCCAGUUCCUUGCUGGGUUUGGUGAAACAGUGCGCAGUAUGCACCCGCCCGGGGAGAGCAUUGUUGCCUUCAAAGCUUCCAUAACUAAGGAGGAUGAAGCCUUUACUGGGUCACUUGCAUCUUACGAUGAGUUGUCCAUCUGGGCCACUGAGAGAUGCAUCCCUCUGGUGCGAGAGAUCACAUUCCAGAAUGCAGAGGAAUUAACAGAAGAGGGACUUCCUUUCCUCAUCCUCUUCCAUGCUCCUGAAGACACAGAGAGCAUCAAGAAAUACACGUCCCUGGUGCACACAGACCUCGCCGACCAGAAACAAAACAUCAACUUCUUGACUGCCGAUGGUGUUCAGUUUGCUCAUCCCCUCCACCAUUUGGGGAAAUCCAAGAAGGACUUACCACUGAUUGCCAUUGAUUCCUUCAGGCACAUGUACCUCUUCCCAGGUGAGAUUAAGGCCUGCAUUGUUAUGGCUGAAGAUUCUUUCUAUAUCUAGGCGAAUGACCUUUUUUAUCAUCAGCCCUAUCUCUAUAUUUUUAUCUCCCCGUUCUCUCAAGGGGUCAGCCAAGGCAGAGGCAUCCCCAACAUUCCCUGUUCUGACACUCCCUCUCAGCACAAGCAGUCCCUCACCUACCAAUCCUCUCACCAACACAAGUCCACUCUAUUGAUGGUCCCCCCAUGACACCCACCCCCUCAACCCUGCUUUCACAUACUCUCUUCACAAAGUUAUUCUCCUUCAUUCUCAUCACAUGUCCAAACCAUCUCAGAGCACCACACUUCAUACGUUCACAAUUGGCAAUGUGUGAACCAAGCCUUUAUCUCAUCUCUCACUUUUUCUGUUGGAUUUUCUUGUAGGAUUUUUUUACAUCGAUCACCUAUUUUGCCUCAUCUGUCCACCAUUUCCUUUCUUUCCUCUUCCACACAACCUAUUUCCAACUACUUCCCCAGGCUUCCGAGGCACUGAACUCUUAACACUCCCAAGCACCUCACUCAGUACUGCACUGUUAUAUUCUUACUUUUGCCCUUCCAAGUUACUCCUUUGCCUACCUUCUUUACAUCUGCCUGUAGCCACUGUCAUGUAAUCUCUCACUUGCCAUUUCCUUCUUCCAGUAUUAAAAACUUAUUAACGAAAAAACUGAUUCAGUAUGUGUCGAUUUAUCUCGUGUUACUCUUCAUUUUAGAUAAUAUAUUUCUCCCUGUGGCUCAGAUUACCAGGAAGCUUUCGUUGAGGGGAAGAUGAAGGAUUUCCUCAAUGACCUGUACAGUGGCAAGUUGCAUCGUGAGUUCCACUACGGCCCUGAUCCAGAGUCCACAUCGGAGGCAGCACAGCAGAGAGAUGAAAAUGAAAUAGCAGAUCCCACCAAAGAGGCCACAAAGAAGGAGAGGCCAACGACCCCGCCAGAGUCCACCUUUAAGAAGCUCGCGCCCUCCAAAAACAGAUACACUUUAUUAGACAGAGACGAGCUGUAAUAAGGUAAAAAGGUAAUUCACUUCAUAGUGUUCUCUGUUUUGUAGAAGAGCUCUGUCCUUUUUAGGGGGUGGUAAGACAGCUUUAAGUACUCUGAAUACGGAAUUGUCAUCAGCUAAAGAAAAGUCAUCUAUGCCUCAUUUUUGUAUUGAAUGUCAGACAUCAUUUGGGAAUAUGAUAUUACAAUGUGGCAGAUGAUAAAAUUCUAAAGGUAAUGGUGAAAAACUGAAAUCUCUAUAUAAGAAAAUUAGUAAUGCAUUUUGGGAUAUUGGCCUGAUGGGGAAUACUGUUUGUUAGUACUGAAGCAUAGGCAUUCAUUGUUUGUUUGUGUGUUUGUGAUCAACAGAGUGUGUAAGUGUCCAUUUUUACUCCAUUAUUUCUUGACGCAUUUCACAGAGUUGACUUUGAAUCUUGGUUAAGUCAAGUUUAAUUUCCUUUGCUGCAGAAGGUUAGAAGUUUUGAGCAAGAUCAGUGUGUACUAUUUGGCUUAUUUACAAAAAAAAUGUAUGAGUGUAGGAGUGUUAGGGAAAAGAUUUUGAAGGUAAAUAUUUUACUAUUUAAUGUAUGAAGAAUAUUGCAGUUUUGAAACUUUACUUAAAUCAUAGUCAUUAGAUGCCUUAAACAAGUUUUAUAUACAUUAUGAUUAUGUGCUUAAUACUGUUUGUUUAUAUGUAUUUCACAUGUAAUCAUAAUUAUAUACAAUAUAUAUUUUUUUUUAUUUAUGUAAAAAUCUUACCAACUUUUUUGUUCAAGCUCUAGCAGCUUAAAUUCCAUAGAGUUCAUUGUAGUUUACUGCAGCAUACAGACUAUUUUUUUCCUAGAUCAUCAUACAUUUUGAUUGAACAGAUGUAAUUUGAGUAUUAUACACACACUGAUUGCAUCAGUAUUGUUAAUGUGAAAACCACACUGCUGCAACCAUCAUUUGUCUGGACUGAAGCUGUGUGGACAGACACGGUGUGCUGGAGGGUGACACACGUUGGUAUGCGUGCUGAAAAAUGCGAGCAAGUGUUAAUUUUUACCUGCAUUAGAGGCGUACACGUUUCGAGUGUGCGCCACCAUAAUGUUCCCAAGUGGGCACGAUUGGUUAGUGAGGUAGUACUUACCCCGGACAAUGCAUGCAAGGAUACACACUAUUUAUUUUCCAUCAUCUUUUUUGUAUCAGCAAUAUAUAUUAAGUUGAAAUUUUUAUGGUGUACUUUUAUAUACUUGUGCUCCCUAAAAAUAUCUAUAUUCCUAAUAUUCCCCUUUAAAUUUCUUUUCUUUUACUUUUACUAGACAUUAGCUCUUCUCUGUAUGGAGGAUUUAAUCCAUAAAUCAUUUUGGAAAGUUAAAGGAGCAUGUACAUGUUUGUAUGUGUUUGUAUCUUUUGUUAAACUUUUAUUGUUAUAAUUUAUGGCAUAUCAAAUGGCCACUAGACUCUCACGCUGUAGAAGGGAAAAGAAAUUAAACUUUUGGAGAUAAAUUUUCUCAAUCAGUUUUAUAUUUUUGAUAUAUGAUUUCCAUUCCACUAUUUUAUAUUUCCACACUGAUAAAUUGCUAUACGUAAUAAGAUCUCUGGCAGGUUUUAUAUUUAUUUGAGUACAGAUUAGGAAGUGUUUGUCUAGUGAGCAGGUUUAUCAAAGUCCAUUCAUGUGUGGGUGGUGGGAGCUUUCUGGAGAGCACUUUCAUGAUGCUUUUGAUCAUGUAUCAGAAAUCUUUAUUCCUUAUCUUGAUUUAUUUCCUUUUUAUAAAUUUGAUAUUUGCAGAAAAAUUAUUUUACUUGAGCUUUGAUGCACUCAUGGGUGUAAUAGCUCUGAACAUUUGUUGAGAGUGUAACAGUGAUGGUGAAUGAUGUUUGGUUUGUAAAUACAUGUUCAGUAAGGAAAUAGGAGACAAAUAUUUUAUUACUCUAGAUUAUUCUUUUCCAUGCUUUUUUUUAUAAAGCAGUCUGUGGUGGCUCUAUCUAGCUUCCCUCUUGGUAAAGACAUUAGUGGCUUUCUGGGCUGAGUGGGCCUGACAUCUGACUUCCACGUGAUGGACAGUGUAUGUUGUGUGUGAGUCUGGAGCAAGAUUGAGAGAAGUCCAGAGCCACUCCCAGGGCUCUCCGGGAAGGGGUGCUUCUGCAUCAUUCACUUGGGGUCAGUAAUGUUGCUACUGCCUUAAAUUAUCAUGCAGUUGCAGUAAUUGUCAUUUUAACACAAUUGAUAACAUUUUGUAUAAUGUUUCUUUUUGACAUUAUAUUAUGUCUAAUGUGGUUUUGGAAGUUCAUGAUUUCCCCAUCUCUUGCCCUCCCUUUAAAUCCACGAUUGCGCCUUUGAGAGCUUUAGCAGUCUCCUCUCCAUUCUUCUGUCUUGUGACAAAGAUGCUUGGUAAAAUGUGUUUGUUUUCAAACUUACUUUUUAAGGAAUACAGUUAAUGCAGUGAUUUUUCCCAUAUUUCAUGACAUCAAAUAGGUUUCAGUUUAAAGUAAUUCACAUGUGCAAUGAUUUAUUAUUUAUUAUUUAAUUAGCCGUGGCAGGGGGACAAGGGUUCCUUGAUUAUUGACGAGGAUAUUUUGAAGUUCUGAGUUUCAGUAAUGACUCCACAUACCUAUCUUUGCUUCGGAACUCAUGGCCUUCACCAGACAAGCCUAAGCAACACUCCUUCACUAAGAACCCUCAGAGGAGAAUACAGAACAGAAAGAAAUAGACAAUAAUUAAGUGGUGUCAGUAUUUGAUUUUCCAGUCUUGGAGAAAGAUGUUAACAUCAAGCUGUGGCCAGUGUAACAGAAGGGGCAGGCACAACUUAUCAGACCAAAGGCUACAUAGACGUAAUCAGCAAAGUGGUGGUAUCCAUUUUUUAUGCUUUGGCUGUUUCUUAAUUUACUCUGUUAUUCUGCCUCUUUAAGCACUUAUGGCUAUUUGCAUUGCCUUUGUUUUCUUGGUGUAAGCCUGCAAGUUCCACCUACUUUGAACCAGAGAUAUUUUAAAUUUUAAAUUUCAGUUUUACUGCCAUCUUCCUCGAACCACUCUUAUCUCUGGGAAGACUUUAAAAAGUGAAUUGCACUUUACCUUGUUCUGUUAACUUAAAUAUAAAGAAAGCUUUUACCUCUGUUGAGAAUACAGUACACAUAUUAUGUAUGUCGUUUGUCAUAGAAGAGCAUUGUUGAGGCUAUUUGUUCAUACAUACUAAUAAUGAAAAGGAAUGUUUUAUUUGUCAACACUUUCUGCUGUCUGUAAAUUAUCUUGUGCAUUGUUAUCUACUGUGUCUUUGGUGGUGAUGGUGUCAUGUGUGCUGCCAACAAUGAGGUCUGGGAUAGCUUGGCCUGCAUGUGAUGGCUGCCGCCCAGCGAAGCAAACCUAGGCACUGUGGAGCCUGACACACACAUGCUAUGAACGCUGGUCAGGACUCAUCCUUCAAGGAGUUGUGGUGUGUUGUUUGUGGAAUGCAGUCUUUCCCUUUGGUCUGGUGCUGCCCUCAUCAUGCUGCUGCUAUAACUGCUGCUGCUGCUGUGUCAUCUCAUUUGUGUGCUGCACCUUGUACAAAAUCAUUCCAUGGCUCACCCCUCUGAGCUGUUGACCUAAUAAUGUAAUUAUCAUGAAUACAUUAAAACUUUGAUAUAUAU